AUAAAGAGGUGGAUGUGCAAGCUCGGCAAAGAUGUGUAUUUAGCCUCUUCGGUUCUAUAUCCUAAAUAAGUUUAAUCAAAGGGAGGGACGGUGAUUUUUUUCUACGUCAGGUGGAAAGCAUUGAAGUGAUGGAACUAAAGCACUCUGUUGCCAUGGUUAUGCCUACUAGCCAUUUUUAUCAGUUGAUCACUGGAAGUCCGCAUUAUUCAUCUGGAUUCUAGUCAUAGAAUCAAAAUUGUUCUUUACACUGGGCAAUUUUGCAACAAUCGAAGAAGCUUGGCUUAGGAGCAGUUUCCGUGAACUAGCACAACCUCCUGCUAACUGAUGUCAAUUUUUCAUCAUAAAUUGACUGCUUUAAAUAUCUAAUGAUGACAAACUUUUUGGAUGUGGAUUCUAUACCAAGGCUUUUAUUCAGCCAAGGAGCGCAAGCUCGCCGGGCAACCUUGUUCACUGCUCACCCCUUAAUGGCGGCAUCUUCAGAGGAGGAGACUGAUCGGCGGCCCAUCAGGAGAGUCCGGUCAAAAAGUGACACCCCUUAUCUGGCUGAAGCGAGGAUAUCCCUGAACCUGGAGACAGCUGAAGAAGUGGAAAGACUGGCUGCAAUGCGCUCUGAGUCCCUAGUACCUGGCACCCACACUCCACCCAUCAGACGAAGGAGUAAAUUUGCCACCUUAGGUAGACUUUUCAAGCCUUGGAAAUGGAGGAAGAAAAAAAGCGAAAAGUUCAAGCAAACAUCUGCAGCACUGGAGCGGAAAAUCUCAAUGAGGCAGAGCAGGGAGGAACUCAUAAAGAGAGGAGUCCUGAAGGAGAUCUAUGAUAAAGAUGGUGAUCUACAAAAUGAAGAAGGAAUGAUGGAAAAUGGUCAGCCCAUUGGUACUCCUUCAUCCUCGCUUCCAGUCAUAACAGAGUUAGACUCAAGUUCAGGGGACACUUGCGCAUAUGAAGUUCUUCCAACCUCUGAACUCAUGGAUGGGACAGUGUCUGAAGAUCUCUCGUCCGAGCAAGGAUCCCUAUCCCAGGAUCCAACAUACAAGCCAACCCUGCUACUGCCCCCCAAAAAAUCAUCUUACCCUGUAGACCACGAGGACACCCCUAUGAAACCACUAACUCACCUCAAGCAGCCCCCUGCCCUGCCUCCUAAACCUCUUUCCAGACUUGCCAAUCAUAUAGCAGACUCCGGAGUUCCUGUGAAACUGCCUUGUAUGCCGGGGAAGAUGUCUCCUCCACUACCUCCAAAGAAAGUCAUGAUAUGCAUGCCAUUAGGAGGAUCGGACUAUCCCCAUUCCUAUUCCAAUCAGAAAAGUUCCCAGCAUCAUCACACCAUCCUCCCAUCUCAAUUAGCCGUCCACCAGCACCAGCUUCAGUAUGGAAGCCAGCAUCACUCCACUGGAUCAAGUUCAGUGCCCAUCCAUCCAUCAAUACCUCCAGGAUGCAGGGUUAUUGAGGAGCUCAACAAGACACUAGCUAUGACCAUGCAAAGGUUGGAAAGCUCGGGGUUACAUGGAGGUGACAGCAUGUCAAAAUCAGGACUCAGUGGCUAUACUGACAUGAGACAAGUGCCAACCGUUGUUAUUGAAUGUGAAGAUGAUAAAGAAAAUGUGCCUCAUGAAUUAAACUAUGACGACUCCUCAUGCCUGUACUCAAGAGAUGAUGAAGACGAUGAGGAUGACGAUGAGGAGGAAGACGACGAUGAUGAUGAUAGCUCACUUUACACAAGUUCGCUGGCAUUAAAGGUUCUCAGGAAGGAUUCUUUGGCAAUCAAAUUAAGCAAUAGACCCUCUAAAAGAGAGUUAGAAGAGAAGAACAUUCUGCCUGUGCAGACAGAUGAAGAGAGGCUGGAACUGAGGCAGCAGAUUGGGACUAAGCUUACUAGACGACUGAGCCAAAGGCCAACAGCUGAAGAGUUGGAACAAAGAAAUAUUCUGAAACCUCGUAAUGAACAAGAAGAGCAGGAGGAAAAGCGAGAAAUUAAAAGGAGACUUACCCGCAAGCUCAGUCAGAGACCUACAGUAGAGGAGCUGCGGGAGAAGAAAAUCCUUAUUCGUUUCAGUGAUUAUGUGGAGGUGGCAGACGCACAAGACUAUGACAGAAGAGCGGACAAACCUUGGACUCGAUUAACGGCCGCUGAUAAAGCAGCCAUACGAAAAGAGCUAAAUGAGUUUAAAAGUACAGAAAUGGAGGUUCAUGAAUUAAGUAGGCAUUUAACAAGGUUUCACCGACCCUAGCAUUAAAGUUCUACUUGAAUACUUUACUGUUUUCAAAAAGGGAACCACAAGUGCUGGGAUAUUUUGUUUUGUCUUAUACUUAAAUGUAAAUUCUUGGAACUGCCUUGUUUUUCCAAAAAGAAGAAAACAGCAUUUGCAUAAUCUUCACAGAUGAAUUCCAUCUUCACUAGACCUUAGAAAUGUGAAGCGUUGUGCAAUGCAAAAUGUCAGCAAUGUCUGGAUCUGUCCUGUAUGUACAUACUGAGCAGAAGUUGUUCUUCGGGUGUCAGCCUCUUGCGUCUCGGUGUAAGUGGUGGUUCAUAGGAAAGAUCUGGGGCAUGAGUGGAUUAAGAAGACCUGUAAAACAUAUGCCAAUCCAGCUUCACGCAUUUUAGCCAAAUUGAUGUGGGCUUCAGAAGCAACAAAGAGAGACUUGCACUACUUUUCUUUUCUUGAAGCAUUCCCAGUUAACGGUGUCGCAUCUUCCAUACAGGAGACUGGUUGUUGAUUUCUGAGCCUGUUGUGACAAUGUGAGUGCUUGUUCAGAAACAGUUAACGGUAGACAAAACAGGGCUGGAAUGUCCAGCAUCAUGUAGCGUUGGGACAGGUUUUGGCACCAAAAGUGUCAUUUUAUUACCGCAUUAAAAGAUGAAUCAGGGUCAAUAAAUAAAAGCUUACAGGAACAUCAACCCAUUUCAAGGAAGACAUGUUUCAUUUGUUUGGUUUCGAAAGCAUCUCAAGCUCCGUGGCCCUCUCUGUUCCUCCUCGGUGCCCAUGGGGGUUCCAUCAUGCAUUUCAUUGUCUGUCCUGUCAAUGUACAGCUCUUCAUCUGAAUGGGCCGCUCAAACAUUUCCUUCUUUCUACAGUCCUCUAUCAGCAGGUGCAGACAUGGUCAGCUCUACUUUCAGAUUCCAUCCCAGAACUUAUUUUCCUAAAGGCAGAUAUUGAUUGUGUUUGUCUUUGGGAGCGUGUUGUCAUUAUAUUGUGCCUGUUCUGUAUAGAGUAGGAACGGUUGGUCAAGACGGACUCAGCCAUUAUGCCAGGUGAAAAGCCUCCAUUGAUUGAGCCUGUCCAUAUUAACAUGGAGUUUUCUUGUAAAUGAAAUGAAGAAAUAAACAAGAAUAUUUUUCAAAAUCUA